GGAUGAUCUUGGCGAUGAAGAAGAUCAAGACACUGAAGAGUACGUUCUUACAAAUUCAAGCGUCUCUGGUGUCCGCAAACGAGAUGUUGCGAGUGCUCGUAUGGAUGGCAGUGAUUCAGAUGUCGAUGUGCAGGAUAUAGUUCAAGACGAUGUUGAGCUAAAGCAUGCAGCUCUGCUGGAUUCACUUAAAGAUACUGACAAUGUUCGUCAUGUUCUCAAGGUGUUUGGGUCAAAGCAAUUACGAGAUGUGUUGCAGAAAAUAUCCUUGUUUUUGAUGAAAGACCGACUUCCAGAACAUAACACUGGUCCUGUUGAGGACGAUCCAGAAUAUAUGGUGUUGGUGCAAUCCAACAACUUGACUGUAGAUCUAGAUAACGAAACACUUGUAGUUCAUCGAUUUAUUCGAGACCACUAUGCUCCUAGAUUUCCUGAACUAGAGUCUUUGGUACUCAACCCUGUCGAAUUUGCUCGUGCUGUCCAGAUGAUUGGCAAUGAGGAGGAUCUGACUACUCUAGAUUUUAAAUCAUUUUUACCUUCUGCAACCAUCAUGGUAAUCACUGUCACUGCAACCACUACAAAUGGAAGAAGUUUGACAAAGGAAGAACUGGCUCGUGUCAUGUCAGCAUGUGACGUAGCUCUUGAGUUGGAUGCAGCAAAAAGAAGAAUUCAGGAAUAUGUUGAAUCGCGAAUGUCGUUUAUUGCCCCCAAUCUAACUGCUAUUUUAGGCAGUACAGUAGCUACAAAAUUGAUGGGUCAUGCUGGAGGUCUUACAGCUCUAAGUAAAAUUCCAGCAUGCAAUAUUCUUGUUCUUGGUGCUCAGAAAAAAACAAACACUGGUCUUUCCCGCAUUUCGAUGGGACGUCAUGCUGGCUUUGUAUAUCAAUGUGAUCUAGUUCAGCAAUUGCCUGACGAACUUCGUCGCAAGGCAGCAAGAUUGAUGUCUGCCAAAUGUGCGCUUGCAGCACGGAUUGACUGUGUUCGUGAGUCAGUCGAUGGUAUGGCGGGUAAACUUUACCGUGAAGAUAUUGAAAAAAAGAUUGCAGUGAUGCUUCAGCCACCUCCUAGCCAAAAAACCAAAGCUCUUCCUAUUCCAGACGAAGGUCCAAAAAAACGACGUGGUGGCAGACGUGUUCGAAAGGCUAAGGAACGAACCGCUCAAACUGAUCUGAGAAAGGCACAAAACAGAAUGGUAUUUGGCGAGGCUGAGGAAGAGUAUGGAUUUGGUGAUGAGACUGUUGGACUGGGUAUGGUUGGCCGACAAACAGGAAAAAUCAGAGGAACGCAAUUGGAUACACGAGUCAAAGUUUCUGUGGCCAAAAAACAUCGAGCAUUUGCAAGUCAUUCUGCUCAUACCUCUGGAUUAUCCUCUUCAGUUGCAUUCACGCCUGUUAAAGGAAUUGAACUUGAAAAUCCAGAGAUUGCGUUGCAACGUGUAAAGGAGGCAAACAUCAAGUAUUUUUCUGGAGGUCAGUUUAAGAAACCAGCAGCAAAAUGAUUUCUUUUAUUUCCAUAUAUCGAAUAAACUUUAUAUUGCCUUUGGGGUUGCUUUUACCGUC